AUGUCGGCCAAAUACGCUGUAGUCUCGCUGCCCCUCAGCGCCUUUGACUCGGCCGACCGCGAGGAUGCCCUGUCGUCUCUACGCGCGACCAUCGCCGACAAUGGCAAUGUUGUGCCCUUUAAGAUCCCCGACUUCAAGAUUGGCACCCUCGACGGACUCGUGCAGCAUGCCGACGACUUGGCCAAGCUCGAAGCCAACUGCGAGGCUGUCGUAGCCAAGGUUGCCGAGUCUCUACGCUCCGUGCUCGAUGGCGACCCAGACCGACUAGCUUCCUACAAAAUGGUCAACGAUAAGCCCACCGACCACUAUCUUAGCAACUUUAGCUGGAACAAGGUUCGAUACCGAUCUGACAAGUCUCUGAGUGAGCUCAUUGAUACGCUAUCAAAGGAGUUGGUCACUGUUGACAACGACGUCAAGACCAAGUUCAAUCAAUACAACGCCGUUAAAACAAAUCUUGCUUCCCUGCAGCGGAGACAACAGGGAAAUCUCGCGACUAAAUCCCUGGCCCCCAUUGUCGACCCCUCAUUACUCGUUACCGAUUCCGAAUACCUCGAAACCCACCUGAUCGCCGUGCCCAAGAAUUACAAGAAAGACUUCCUCAAGGAAUAUGAGACACUGGCACCCAUGGUUGUUCCACGAUCCUCUGUCGAGAUUGAUCACGACGACGAAUUUAUCCUGUUUGGCGUUACAACGUUUAAGAAACACAGCGCCGAGUUUCUGCAAAAGUGCCGUGAGCAGAAGUGGACACCCCGCCAGUUCACAUAUGUCGAAGGCGGCCGUGAAGAGGAGCAGCGCGAGCUGGACCGCGUCACAAACGAAGAGCGCAAGGUUUGCGGCGAGGCUCUGCGCAUGGGACGUACCGGCUGGAGCGAAAGUGUCAUGGUUUGGAUACAUGUCUUGACACUGCGAGUCUUCGUUGAGGCAGUCCUCAGAUACGGUUUGCCUUUAGAGUAUCUGUCGGCAUUGGUCAAGGUGAGCAACUGGGUAACGACAACCAAGUACUCAGACAAGGUCAAGGCGGCACUAGACAACAAAUAUGCAUUCCUAGGCGGCAAUGCGUUUGGGCGGGACAAGCGUGGGCGAGUGACAAAGGACGAUGCUGCAUUCAGCUCAGAAAUGGCGGCGGCGGGACUGGCGACAGGCGAAGGCAACGAGUACACGGCGUAUGUCUACUACCAGGUAGAAUUCCCCUAA